AUGCCUAAGAAACCGCGGUACACCUGUAUCUCCAAUGCUGGCACUGACAAAACCCAGCAUAUCAACACUGGGACUGAACAUGUUGCUGAGCCUGCCCAAAGUUCUUCGGAUGAUGAAGAUUAUGAUCCCGAGGCUGAUGAGGUUGACUCAUGGGAUGAUUACGUUGAUGGCUUAUAUGCUGAAGAAGAAGCUGUACCCCGGAACAAGUCCAACGGUCGCAAGGAUACAGAUUAUUGGAAUGUUGUUGUAAGCGAUGAUAGCAUCACAAGAACGAUGAGUUUGAGCAUCAAGGAGGCCAUAGUACAUCCUCCUAGCAGAAAAAUCAUUUUAGAGUUUAAUAAAGAGUUGCAACCGAUCGGUCAGGCGGCUGGAUUAUUGAGUGGGUUUCUAGGGAAUCUGGGUAUUGACUUUCAACAUUUUCCCAUCAAUGAAGACAAUUGGAAGACAAUGGACAAAGCUUUAAAGGAACAUGCAUAUGAGACAAUUAAGCGCACCUUUCGGUAUGAAGAGGAUGACAAGGGAAAAAUAAAGUGGGUAAUGAUUCAAAGGUUAGGAAAAAUCUGGAAGGAAGCAAGAAACCACUUGUUUCACAAGGUUUACGACGAGGAAGAGAGUUUCGAAGUAAAUGCCAAGCGUAACCCAUCAGGAAUAGAUGCACAGCAGUGGAGAUGGUUCCUUCACUAUCGUUUGAAGGAAUCUACAAAGGAAAUGUGCAGACAAAAUUCUCAAAAUCAGUCGAAGCCACUAUAUACACAUACUGGGGGCUCUAAGACAACAGCAAGGCUAAGGGAUGAAGAGGAAACGAUUGCAUGUAUCGAGAGCCAAGGUGAAACCUCAAAGGAGAUUUCUGUUACUGAUUCGCUUGCGCAAAUCCUUGGAAAUGAGCAUUCAGGACGAGUUCGGGGGUUAGGAUUUGGACCAUGUCCAAGCGAAAUUAUUCGUAAUACUCCACAAUCGAACCCUAGAGUGCAAAUUGAGGAGUAUCAGAGAGAAAUUACAGAAUUGAAGGAAUUGGCAACAGAACAGAAGGCGGAGAUUACAGAAUUGAAGGCAGCAGUGGCAGAACAUAAGGCAGCAGCAGCAGAACAUAAGGCAAAGAUAUAG